AUGAAGCUGCUGCUGCCGCUGUUCUGCCUCCUGUCUCCGGCCUUUGGACCAGUGUCUGCCCAGGAUAAAAGGCUGGUGGAUGUGGUGCCAGUGGCAGAAGGGGCAGAUGCUCUCCUGCCUUGUGCCCUGGGCUCUGGACUCAGUGUUGACCAGUUUGACUGGCGCAAAGACAGUGGAGGCGAAGAGAAGGAAGAGGUGUUCUUUUAUGACAAAGGCUCAUACUAUGGUCAUGGGCGCAGUGAACAGUACCAAAGCCAACAGUUCAGAGGACGUGUUGAGUUCUUUAAAGAGAGACUGGAGUCUGGAAAUGCCUCCAUCACAAUCCAAAACACACGUCUGGAGGACAAUGGCACUUACACCUGUGUCUUAUUUAAACCACAGAGACAUGAGGUUAAUGUUAGGCUCAAUGUGGUUGGUGAUUUAAUCUUUUAG